AUGAUCGAAAACCCUGAACAUAAAAUGGUUCACCUGAAAAAAACUUUAUCUUACGAACUUGGAAUUGGUCAAUCGACAAUUUAUAACACCAUAUUGGAGUAUCAACGGACAAAAACUGUUUCUUCGCCAAACAAAACGAAAGUCCGAAAACAACUGACCGAAAAAGUAGAUGAGUUUGACAAGUAUGGUAUCAGAAGAAAAGUGCAUCAAUUUUGGCACGAUCGUGAUACGCCUACGUUAGACAAGAUUCUUGUGUCCGUCAAUGAAGAUAAUGGUCUACCAAAUUUUUCUCGAACAUCAUUAUUCAGAUUGUUGAAAUCUAUGGAUUUCGUAUAUAUGAAGCGAGGUCGUAAUAGUGGUUUGAUUGAAAAAUCUGAAAUCAUACUUUGGCGGAGAAGAUAUUUAAAAGAUAUUAAAAGAUACAGAGAAGAAGGAAGGCCAAUUUACUUUUUAGAUGAAACGUGGGUAAACGCCGGAGAUGUUAAUAGCAAAGUAUGGGUCGACAAAACUGUAACGUCAGCUCGAGUGGCAUCUUCCGAGGGACUUUCGACUGGAGCAAUAAACCCUACUGGCAAGGGGAAACGUUUAAUUGUUAGCCACAUCGGUUCCGAAGAUGGAUUUGUUCCCGGAGGUCUUUUGUGCUUUGAGUCAAAGAAAAACACCCAAGACUAUCACGAUGAGAUGAACGGAGACUCUUUUCGUGAUUGGUUGGAAGGUGUUUUGCCGAAACUCAAAGACAACGCUGUCAUCGUAAUGGACAACGCUCCUUAUCAUUCGGUGAAAAUUGAAAAAUGCCCAACUACGAAUUGGAGAAAAGCUGACAUAAUUGCAUGGCUCCAGAGCAAAGGAAAGCAAGUCGACAACACAAUGCUUGUCAUAGAAUUGUUAGACGAAGUUAAAAAAUUGAAACCAUUAUAUAACAAUUAUGUCAUCGAUGAAAUGGUUAAAGCUAACAAUAAAAUUGUCCUUAGACUUCCUCCGUAUCACUGUGAGCUUAAUGCAAUUGAACUCGCAUGGGCUAUAGUUAAGAAACAUGUCAAAGAUAACAACAAAACUUUUAAAUUACAAGAUAUAAAACACUUGUUAGUUGAAGGAGUGAAUAAAGUUAGCCCUGAUAUGUGGAAAAAUUUUGUCGGUCAUGUGAUAAAGGAGGAAGAAAAAGCAUGGAGUUUGGAUAAUGUGGUCGAAGAUUUCAUGUCAGCAGAAAAUCAGCCUUGUGUUCUUACUAUUGGCCAAAGCGACUCGGACGACGAUGAUGAAGACUUCAGAUACCUAUCAGAUACAGACUAA